GUUCACGCUCGUAGUACCAGCUGGACCUUCUCCUUCGCUCCUGAAGAUAUCUGCAACGUUCCAGGCGCGAUGUUGUAUGACGACGCCUGCACGGUUCUUCUUUACUGUGUCUUCGGUAAUGCACUGUUGCAAUGCGUCGAGUUCGUCGGAAUGGGAGAGCGAAGUGGGCGCGUUAUCGAGGAGUUCGAAUUCGGAAUGUAGUAGUGCAGGGUCGAAGGAGGUCGGUAUGCCUGGUGAGUAGCUACUCAUCGGUUCUGGCAGAGGUCAUGAUUUGGGUUUACGGGGAUGCGUGCGUGACGGAGCGGAAGUGUCUAAAGUGCGAGGACGCGUCCACGCGGGUCGCGUUGAAGCGCGUUUUGCCGCUAGCCACAUUCGCUCUCGUCCCAAGUCCCGUUGAUCGAAGUGGCCAUACUUGCGUCACCAAGCGGUUGUCCCGCGAUCUCUCAUCAUGCAAGACUAUCGAAUCUUCGUUUCUUGCUGUGUACUGCAGCGUGCACCUUUUCUUCCGUCAGACACGUUCUUUCCGGUGCCCUCCUACGUUGCAUUGUCACCUGGACACAGACUCUGAAUGUGCCAGUUUGUGCGAUGUAUGCGGCUCACCAUACACAUCGAUUCCACCAUCAUCUUGCACCUACUGCUUUGGCAUUCAGAGAGCCUCACUGACGAAGGGUAGCUUGAGCGUUCGGGUAGUACUGCUACGUACCUGCCGCCGUCUCAUGCACCAUACAACCGAGGGGUACCUAAGUAAGAUGCGAUUCCCUUUACUCGGCCCCACCUUUGGCUCUACUGCCCUUGUGAUCAGGAUUCGGCGUAUAGCAAUGCUGAAUAACAGCCCGUGGUCGCGUGACGUUGUAUUCUCGUUAAUUGCCAAACUUUCCACAACGAGCACCAAAGCUGCUUGGCGCAGCGGAAGCGCGCCGGGCUCAUAACCCGGAGGACGCUCGAUCGAAACGAGCAGCAGCUAGAUCGUUGUAUAUCUUCUUUUUGCAUUUUUUUGUGCGGGUGGGGUUGGAUUUGA